GGAGUGAGAAUCUAAAAAGUUGAUCCAUUUUUUCAUACACUUGAUCACCAAGAAAAAUCCAAGAAUAGAUAUAAUUGGAGAAGAUAGAUCCAAUGUCUUGACAAAUUCCAUGCCUCUCUCUUCCCAUGUCAGUUACAAGAGUACUAAUUAUUCUUUUCUCUCUUUUUCCAUCUUCCUUUGUACAUAUAGAGUGGCCCCAGCAGAUCCGAAAAGCUCCAUUCUUUCCGCAUUUUCCCCAUGACAUUGUACCAUCUAAUAAGCAUCUUUUUCUCCACACCCUUUUCUGUAAAGUUCUACUUCCUCUCUGAGUUUCUUCUACUCUGAUGGGUUCUUUUAGAUUCCUUUCAUGCUAGCAAGGAGCUAGAGCUUGAGGUAAUCUUGAAUGAGAGGGAGGAGGUGAUUAUGCGGCGGACUAACUAUCUUCCAGGACAUUACAACCCAACAGAUAAUGUUGUCAGCCUUACGGGUAAUUCACAGUCAAUACCCCACAGUGAUAUCGCCUGCAACAGUAGUAGAGGCUUCCAUCUUGCAUUUCCUCCGCUUAUGGACGAGAGUCAGGAUUUAGUUAAUGAAAAGGAAAUAUUGAGACAGACAAUGCUCAAACAUGAUGCGACAUUUAGAUAUCAGGUCAGUGAGCUGCAUCGCUUAUAUGGAAGACAAAGGGAAUUAAUGGAUGAGAUGAAAAAGAGAGAACUAGUAGAAGAUCAUAUGCACUUGCAAGCAUCAAAGGCAAAUACUUCUGUGUCUCUGUUUAGGUCUGACAUUUCUGAGAAAACCUUUAGGCGCUCAGUUAAUCUCACGAGCAUUGAACCAUAUGCACCAAGUAAAGAAAUGUUUCAAGAUCCCUUUAAUUCUGGUGCUGAUAAGACGGUGCAACCAGGAGGUGACUGUCUUUCAGGUCAGAACAUUUUAAACGAAUGCAAGCCAUCAUCAUUGAAGAACGACACGUCAAGGAAGAGAAUCUUGGACCUUGAACUUCCAGCGGAAGCCAUUAAUAAUGAAUGCAGGGAGCAAUUUGAGGAAGAAAAUCCUGCUAAAAAGAAAAAUAAUUUAAUCUCAGAACUUCAACCUCAAUGUUCUUCGAAAGUCAACCUUGUUGCCUCUGGAAACUCUUCCAGUUCUCCCUCAAGUAGUAGGGGUACCUUUCUUUUGUUUGACCUGAAUGAACCUGUACAGCCUUUUGAGUCAGAGUGUCCAAAUUUGGCAUUUGAAUCGAAUAACAUUCACGAGGAAAUCAGGGACAGAGAUCUGGAUUUAUCCGGUAUGGCACGUGCAGAUUUCUCAACUCUGAAUAAAGAAGGGAGAGAUGAAAGCAACUUGAAGUCGUUUGAUGAAGUUUCUUCUGUUGGGAGAGCACUUAUUCCAUCUAAUCAACCAACAUCGUUGCCCUUAGAAAAUGUAGACAAGAUUUAUGCUGAAACCACAACUGACAAAUCACUGGCGAUUUCUUCUUGGAGAGAAUUUAAGCAGAUUCCUGUUGCAGUACAAGCACUUUCAUGCUUUAAUAGUGAUGCAUCAUUCAGCAAGAGUACUGAGUCCUCUGUUAGGAAUUCUAAUCUCACUGCAACGAAGUUAAAUGUGGACCUAGGUCCUGUGUCCACUCCAACCUCUGGAAGUUUGACUUCUUGCUUUAUGCAGCAUGAUGCAAGUGAUAGUACAGGUGAGCACAGUGCUGCUGUAAAAGAGAACAAGUUUUCAGACUACACAAGUUCUGGGAACGGCAUGGACUUGAAUUUGACACCUUCUACCAGCUUGUCUGACUGCCAGUCUGCACCCUCCGUCGACAUUUCCCAACUUAAUUUUCCUGAAGGCAGAAAUGUAGAGAUACAGAAAAACUCCGAGGUUCCUGACAGUAACAUGGUUCCUAAUUCUACAGCUGAAUAUGGAAAAUGCACCAGGGAUAAUCACCUUGUAGGUUCUACAAUUGAUAGCAAGCUUUCAACAGCUAAUAGUUGCAUCAACUUAAACUCUUGCAUCAAAGAAGACCUUUUGUCAUCUAGUCCAAGUGAAGCAACAAAGUCUACUGCAGAAAGAGAUCUAAAAGGUCCUGUUAGCCCAGAAAAUAAGGAGUGCUCUCCACCCAGAGGAGAUUCUCAGGACAUUAGUAUCAGAACAUCAAUCGAUUUGUCAAGAGGAGGCCAUGAUGAUCCAAUCAAGGAACCUGACACUGUUGCAGCUGAUACACUUGUUUAUAUUUCGUCAUCUGUGGUUCACAGGUUCUCAAAGAAUGCCAUUGGUGAACCAUCUGAAUCCUCCAGCAACUGUCUUCGUAAGCUUGCUGAAGUUGCUACUUCUUUGGAAAGUAUUCAAGAGAAUGAAGUUGAAGAAUCCAUGGAAGUCCAUUUUAAGCGCGAUGUACUUCGUUCAGAAAGGACUGCUUCAAGUCGGAUGAAGCUUAAUCUGAGAAAGGGGCACAUUGAUAAUAGUCGUAGCUAUUUGAAGGUUGCAAAAAAGAAGGGAAAAGGUAUUGUGUGUAAUCAGACAAGGAGGGGUCAAGCAAGAAGGACAAAGGAGCAGAAGAACCUUCAAACAGAUGAAACAAAUGUUGCUUCAAAAUCUGGUGCAUGGAAAAAAACUCCGAGUAGGACGAGUUCCAGAGGCAGGAGACGGUCCAGUGAUGAAGAGAGAACAAUGUGCUCACUCCUACUGCAGCAUACUUUGGACAACAAACAUGGGAUCACAGGCAGAUUUUUGAAAGGCUGGGGGAUGACAAAAAAGAGGCAAAGUACUCGGAGAGCUAAGUCUUGUGUGUCUCCUCUUUUCUUAGCUGCUUGAGUAAAUUUUAAACUAAUGUAUUUAUAGUACAGGAAGUUGACGGCUAGGCUUUUCUUCUCUUUUUUCUAGUACUGUUGAAGAUAUUAUGUACAUAUAUUUAACCGAGAAGCAUAUAGAAUACUUAAGUUACUCCAAUGGAAGUGUCCAUAUUCAAGUUA